AUGCAGGCACAAAGUCUGUCGAAGAAUCGUGUGUCGGUCGGUUACACGAUUAUACCGCUAAACGUACCAGAUUUCUACAAAUAUAGAACAAGUGUAAUUGCCUACGAAACCUCGAAUGUAUCCCGAACGAAUACAUUUGGUUGCGAAGGUGGUGGUGCACUAGUGCCGACGCGGGGAGAUUCACCUUCACCUAGACCUUUCUUUCACCAUGUAAGGGGGGAUUUGUAUAUAAAAGCUCUCUUCUGGGUAGCAAACGCAUCAGAGAACCACAAUUUCACUCACAUACCCGUUCCUCACUUGACCGACACGACACGAGUAGCCUAUCGAGACGACACUUUGUUUAGAAUCAACAUGAGAUCGUUAGUGAUUUUGAUCCUCGUAGCCGUGGCCAUUUCCAGCGUCUCGUGCAGAGAGGCGAAGGGAGGGAAACGAUCGUUGAGACUGGUCCCGUCUAAAGGGAAGCGUGGCAUCGUCGAGUACUCCGGAGGAUCGUCGUCUUACAACUCGCCUCUCAUAAGCUCUGGAUACAGCGGCGGAUACUCGUUGGGCCAUUCCUCGUCGGGUAUCCAAAGUUUAGGGGGCGGUUCGAUGGGAUACACCCUGGGAUCCGGAGGACUGGGUCUGAGCUCUGGACUGGGCCACAAUUUCGCCGUUCAAGGGAUCACGUUGGGAGGGCAACACUUCGGAGGCUACUCCUCGCCAGGUCUCGCCUCUCUCGGCGGCGGAGGAGCUCUGUUCGGCCCGCCGUCCAAAAAUGGACCGGUCACCUUUGGCAUCCACGGCGGAGGUGGAGGCUCGUCCUCGGCUCCGAUCUACGCGACAGGACUGUACGGCGGCGGCUCUUCUCAGACCGGGAUCAGCCUUUCGUCGAUGCUAGGAUCCGGCUACGGCCUACCAGCUUCGUCCACGGGUCACGGCAUGUCGUCCAUCCAUUCCAUCUCGCCGGGUUACGCGGCCAGCGGGGGUUUGGUAAUCGAUUCCAGCUCUCUUGGAAAAGGAUCCUCGAGCUACACCCUCUCCUCCUCUCACGGAGGCUCGUCCACCGGCAGCUCCUCCAGCUACGCUCUCCCGAUAUCCUCGAGCUCUCAUUCCGGAAUUUCUGCCCUUCACUCCGGUUCCACGGGUGGCUACUCUCUGCCAGUCUCCUCCGGAUCCUCGAUAGGGGGCCACAUAGGCCUUUCUGGCGGAUCCUCGGACAGCUACUCCCUUCCCGCCUCGUCUGUCUCCACCUCGCACUCCUACAUACCAGUUUCGUCCGACACCUCCUCCUCCUCCUCCUCCUCUUCGUCUUCAUCCUCAUCCUCCUACUCUUCGGGAAGUUCCAGCUACUCGAGUCCAUCCUCCAGCUAUUCCGUUCCCGCUUCCGGUUAUUCCGGAUCUGUCUCCAGUUACUCGAGCCCAACCUCGUCCUAUUCCGGCUCCGGUUAUUCCAGCGCAUCGAGCAGCUAUUCACCCACCUAUUCGGCCCCUUCCACGUCGUACGGUACUCCGAUAGAGUCUCACGGCUCGUACUCGAGUCUGAGCCCCAGAUACGUGGAGUAUCCCGGGGUAUCGAAGAGCUACGAAGAUUCGUCGAGCAACAAAUACGACACUAUCUCGUAUUCGAGUCCAAGUGGGAAAUAUUAAUGUCGCAUCGAUCGAGAGACGCGGAAUU